AUGAUGCAUUAAACACUGAAUCACCAAAAUAGAGUAAAGACAGAGCCCAAUCAAACAUAAGUCAUGACUCCUUUCUAUAAUCCUGUAAUAUCAAAUGUAAUUUUUAAGUUUAGUCUUUUAGAAUAGAAAGACAGACAUGGCAGAGGCAUACAAGAUUAUGUAAUUAAUUAAUGAAAAUCAUCAAAUCACUGUCAAAUAUUCACAUAUUAAAAUUGUUUUAGCAAUUUAUUCAAUCUUUAACUUAACAUCCAAACUUCGAUCAACAAAAAUUUUAAAAUAUUGGAAAAUUUUAUUCCAAAAUUUAUCAAAAUAUGAUAUUCCUACUAAUGCACAACAUUAUGAAUUUAUAUGCAAUAGACAAUAAUAAUUAUUAUAAUAAGGUAUUACUAAAUUAACAAAAUAUACUAUUAAAAUAAAAAAAAAAUUUUUACUUAAUCUAAGUUAUAAACUUUAAUUAAAGAGGAAGCUUAACACAGUAUUUAAUAGAAUUGGCAACUAAGUUUAUUAAAAUAAGCUUUAAAGUAUAAUAAAUAUUUUUUUAUACUCUAAAAAAGAAAAAAGUCUUUUGGAUAACCUAAGUUAUUAUUAUUGCAAAAAAUAAAUAAAAAAAUAAGAAAAAAUGGCUAUCAAAUUUUCAAGCUCAACAUUAUUUAUAAAAGCCCUUAAUAAUAAAGUUUUGUAAUAUCAAAUUAGCUUUUUUAUUAAAUUGAUUAAACCGAAAGAAUCAUAAUCAACAAUCAGUUAAGUUUCUUAAGGGGAAGAUUUCUCAAUUAAUAAUAAUAAAAUUAGAGCUGGAGAAUUUGAAUUAUUAGAAAAAAGAUUAAAUGGCAUUUGUCUUCUCAAUUCGGUAAUCAAGAAGAUAUUUCACAAUUAUUUUUUGAUUUUAAAAUUACAAGAUAUGAACAAUUCUAAUAGGAGAGUAAGCAUAAAAUCAUCAAUUUUCAGUUCUCAAUCUAGAAUUUUAAGAAAAUUAAUGAAACACAGAGAAAGCAUAAUGGAAUUAUAUUAAUCAACAAAUGACACUGAAUAAAGUAAAAAAGAUUAAGAAUAGGAUGAUAUAAUUUUAUAUAAGAAAAACACUAUGUGUCAAACUCAUCAUCCUGAAUCUCUGAUUAAAAAGCGUAUCUCUAUAAGUAAAUAAUCAAUAUAUAUUUAUAUAGUUCAAUCAUCUUAAAAAAUUGAGAUGACCAAAAGGUAAUCAAUUGAUCUCAAGACGAUUAAAAUUUAAAAUUAGAAAUCAAAAUUUUUAUUUAUAAUUCUAAUUUGUUUUAUUUUAGGAGUUCUGAUGAUGUUGAAAAUAUUUUAAUGA